GUAUAUUGCUUAACUAUUUAGAGGCAAAUGUCUGAUCAAUUCAGAUAAGAGGUCUUAACCAUUCAGACUCUGUAUAAUACUUAACCAUUCAGAGGCAAAUCUCUUAACCAUUCAGACAUCUGAACCAUUAAGAGGCUGAAACAAACAGUCUGAACCAUUAAGUGCUGAACCAUUCAGACAUCUGAACCAUUAAGAGACUGAAACAAACAGCCCCUUAGUGUAUAUAUAAAAUGACUAUGUGAUUGUCAUUCAAUAGUUCUCAUUUUCUAGAUUCUUUUUUUAUAAGGGGGCAUGUGUCAACUGGAUUAAGCCCCAACAUUUAUACCUUAAUUUGUGGCUCGCGGGUUUGCACUAACAUUUUGUGUUGGUGUAAAACUAAUUUUUGUCAAUGCACCAAUUAUUUGUGUUCGUGUAAAUUUUUGUUAAGGCUUGUGUGGGUGUAAAGCAAAACUGGCAUUGUCCGUGUCAACUGAACACCUCCAUUUUGGAAAGACGGCUAUAGCAGCAUUGCUAGCUUCUUUUUGGCACAGUGAACACCAAAUUGGCAGCUGAUAGGGAUGGCCCUUUUCACUGUAAAGCUCUCUCCUUUGCCUUUCACCUUCCAUGGUGUCUCUGCUUCUAAAGAAGCAAACUCCUCCAGCUCAAAGCCAUUGAAGCCCAGAGAAGAUUGGAGGCACAGAUCCAGACCCAUUCCUCCUGGUGGGAUCUACCCAGCUAAGGACCAUUGCAGCCAUUGCGGGUUGUGUGAUACUUACUACAUAGCUCAUGUAAAAAGUGCAUGUGCUUUCUUGGGGAAUGGCAUGUCCAGAAUUGAGGCUUUGGAGCCUAUGGUACAUGGCCGGGGAAGGAAAGUUGAUUCACUGGAUGAAACUUAUAUGGGUGUGCACGAGAAGUUACUUUAUGCUCGUAAAACUAAGUCGUUAGAAGGAGCCCAAUGGACAGGCAUCGUGACAACAAUUGCAAUGGAGAUGCUGAAAGCUGAUAUAGUAGAUGCUGUUGUUUGUGUCCAGAGUGAUCCAGAAGAUAGAUUUGUUCCCCGUCCCAUCUUAGCAAGGACACCAGAGGAAGUACUAGCAGCUAAAGGAGUCAAGCCAACACUCUCUCCUAAUUUGAACACUCUUGCUUUAGUUGAGGCAGCUGGUGUGAAGAGACUUCUGUUCUGUGGUGUCGGAUGCCAAGUGCAAGGUUUGAUUGCAACAGUGCUCUGCAUUUUCUGCUUUUGUUUCUCUUUUUUCUUUUUCAAGACUCGUUAUCGCACUUCAGUGUAAUUUCGUGGCCUGCAGCUUUAAGAUCAGUUGAGCACUAUUUGGGUUUGGAAAAACUUUAUGUUUUAGGCACCAACUGUGUGGAUAAUGGAACACGAGAAGGAUUAGAUAAGUUCUUAAAGGCUGCUAGUGAUGAACCAGAUACUGUGCUUCAUUAUGAGUUUAUGCAAGACUACAAGGUCCACCUGAAACAUUUGGAUGGGCGCAUUGAAGAGGUUCCCUACUUCUCUUUACCAGCAAAUGAGUUAGUUGAUGUCAUUGCACCAUCGUGUUUCAGCUGUUUUGACUACACAAAUGCAUUAGCGGAUUUGGUAGUGGGGUAUAUGGGUGUGCCAAAAUAUGCUGGAAUUAGCAUGACAAAACACCCCCAGUACAUUACCAUCAGAAAUGAACGCGGAAGAGAAAUGCUCAGCCUUGUGGAGCAUCUCUUGGAAGUCUCACAUACAAUCAGCACUGGUGAGAGGAGGCCAUUUGUUAUGGAAACUGUGAAGGCUGAUGACAAUGCUAAGUUGGGAAGAGGUCCUUCGAAGCCUGCCCCAAAGUUUAUAGGCAACCUAAUAGCAUUUAUUUUGAACCUUGUGGGUCCAAAGGGUCUGGAAUUCGCGUGGUAUUCAAUAGAUUACCACACGAUACGCAAUUAUCUGCACAUCGCCCGCACAUGGGGACACGAAAGAGCUGGAUUGCACAUGCCAUCAUAUGCAAAGAAAAUAGUUUCCAUGUAUAACCGGAAUGGUGAAAUUGACCGGAUGCUUGAGAAGUGAUGA